AUGGCGCGCCACCAGCGACAGGCGCUCGCGUGCCUUGAGACCUGGGCCGCGGAACUGGCGGAGGACGAGCAGCUGCAGGUGGUGGGCCUUCCUGCACCGGACUCCAACCUCUCCGAGGUGGCGUGGCUGGAAAGCGACUGCCCGGACAACCACCGACCCGGCGGUGCCUGCAAGGAUGCCGCGGGACUGCGACGCGCCCACGAACUCGGGGCGGAUUGGGCGGUGCUGCUGGGCGCCGACAACUACGUGCUCACCCAACACCUCCGACAAGCGCUGCAGGACUUGGAGCCCUCCAGGCCGGUGAUCUUCGCCGUCACAGGCUGCGGCCACGAGAAGUGCUCCGGGGGUUUGUGCGGCGGGGGCGGGCAGAUCUUUAGCCGCGGGGCGCUGAUGCAGAUCUUCCAGAAGAGCUUCCAGCAGGACUUCGAGGCGGCCUUGCACCUGUCCAGCGGCUGGGGAGAUGUGGCCAACUGCCGGCUGGCGAGGAAGCACAAAGUCCCCGUGAGGCAACUGGACGGCCUGCAUGCCUGGCAGACAGGAACUAGUAUCAGGAGUUGGGACCUGACCUACCACUACGUGGGUUUCGAGCAGAUGCAUCACCUGCACCAGCUGGCCCAGAAGCCCCCCCCUGUCUCCGCGCUGGAGAUUCGGGCUGAGAAGGAGGAUUACUUCCGCGACAAGCGUGCCUUUGUCGCGGAAGAGAAUCUCCGGCGGCAACGGGAUAUGUGA